AUGGAGUUCCCAGUCAGAACCGAAGCGCUGGUCGUGGAGUCGGCCGGGGCAGCCUUCGAGAUGACCCCUAUCGUAAUUGACGAGCUGCGCCCCGACGAGGUUCUAGUCGAGAUGAAGUAUUCGGGCUUUUGCCAUACUGACAUACUCGUGCAACAGGGCGUGCUACCGGGCCUCGAGCUGCCCGCGAUUCCAGGCCACGAGGGCGCGGGCAUCGUGCGCGCCAUCGGCUCGCAGGUCAAGGACAAGACGCUGCGCGUCGGCGACGCGGUGCUGCUGUCCUUCACGGUCUGCGGGCAGUGCGCGCCGUGCGGCGAGCAGCGGCUGACCAAGUGCGUCGUGCACCCGGUAGUCAACUUCCGCGCGACGCGGCUGGGUACGGACAACACGACGUCGGCGCGGCUCGCGCGCGACGGCCGGCCGGUGCGCAGCCAGUUCUUCGGGCAGAGUUCGUUCGCGCGCCUGUCGGCCGUGCACGAGGUCUGCGUCGUCAAGUGCCCGUACCCGGACGACCUGGCGGUCUACGCGCCGCUGGGCUGCGGCUACCAGACGGGCGCCGGCACCGUGCUCAACGUGCUGAAGCCGCGGACGUACGACAGCAUUGUCAUUUUCGGCAUGGGCUGCGUGGGGUCGGCGGCGCUGAUGGCGGCUGCGCACCUGCAGGUCAGGCAGAUCGUUGCCGUGGACGUGGUCGAGCGCAAGUUGGCCCUCGCCAUGGAGCUCGGCGCCACGGACACUGUCAACCCUGCUGGGAACACGGCGGGUCUUGCGGAGCAGAUUAGAGCGCUGACGGGCGGCGGGGCCAGCUUUUGUGUCGACACCACAGGGGUUCCGGCCGUGAUCGAGCAGAUGCUCGACUGUCUCGCCCACGGCGGCACGGCCGCGUCCAUCGGGGCGCCGCCGGGCGGUGCCAGGAUACAGGUCGAUGUCGCGGCGUUCCUCUAUCAGAACAAGAACUGGGUGUCCAUCAUUGAAGGCGACUCGUUUCCCCCAAAGUUCAUACCGGAGCUGAUGGAACUUCACCGGCAGGGCAGGUUUCCGAUCGACAAAAUCUGCAAGGUGUAUCCCAUUGAGGAUCUCGACAGGGCCAUAGCGGAUAUGAAGUCGGGAGAGGUGAUCAAACCAGUCCUCCAGUUCAGUUAA